GGUUUUUUGACAUCUUGAAAGGAAAGUUUUCUUUACACAUUUUUUUUGCAAUUUUUAUGAGAUUUUUGUGAUAACUAAGCAUAAACAAUGGAUUGCAAGAAUCCUCUGGAAAAUCUUGAGACAAACUUGGAAAUGUUCAUUGAAAAUGUUCGCCAAAUUCGCAUCAUUGUGAGUGAUUUUCAAGCACAAGGGCAGAAUGUUCUCAAUCAGAAGAUACAAGGCUUGGUCACAGGACUCCAGGAGAUUGAUAAAUUGAAGAGCCAGGUGCAAAAUGUUCACGUUCCCUUUGAAGUUUUUGACUACAUUGACCAAGGGAAGAAUCCCCAGCUGUACACAAAGGAUUGCAUUGAUAAGGCACGCAGUAAAAAUGAAGAGGUCAAGGGGAAGAUUGAUGCGUACAGGAAGUUCAAAGCAAACAUGGUGCUGGAGCUGCAGAAGACAUUUCCCAACGAGCUGAACAAGUACCGUGCUCUUCGAGGGGAUGAAUAACCCAACAUUUUUAGCAUCAUAUACCUUUAUUUAAUAUAAAACCAUUAAAAUAAAACAAAAAUUAUAAAUUAAAAGAA